UUUCUCUCCUCUCUAGCAGAGGAAUGGUUUGGAGCAACCCAUCCUGGAGUGGGAUGGGAGCUCACUCUCCCUGCAGCUCUGAUUUUGUUUUGUGUGAUAUUCCUAUGGAGGACCAUCCUUGCGGUAAACCUUUUGUAUUAUUACCAUGUUAUAACAAUUUUCACAAACUUUAACUUCAUAUGGAAAUUAAAGGAAUUGAGGAAAAGGCUCAUUUUGCAGUUUGAUUGAUCUUCUAGUUAUGUAUUAUGUAGUCCAUGUUUGAACAUUGUUCUCAUUGCCUUCUUAUAGAUCAAAAGCAGGAUAUAUCAAUGUGAGUUUUCCUACCUUUCUUUAAGUAGCUCAGAUAAGGAGAAGCAAGCUUUUGUACUUAUAUUUUAUACAGUAGAUUUUGCUCCUUAGUCAUGCCUUAACCAAGACUAAUUUCAUAUUCCCCUCUGUAUCUCUAGUGACUGAGACACAGCUAAACGUGAAAAUCGCCCGGCUAUCAAAAAAGAAAUGUGACACAAUGAUUAAAUUGUCUGAAAUGGAGAUACUGGUAUGUUUCAGAAGCUAUUCAAGUCAGACCUGGGACAUUCUGGACUUGAAUAACAUAUACUUUUUCAUGAUCAUUGUAACUUAUGUCCUAAAUCUGGUUGGUUUUAGUUGAAGGACUAUGUCUCACGGGUGCAAAGGUCGGAGGCAUACCUGCAGUAACAUUUUCCAUGAUCAUUGUAACUUAUGUUCUAAAUCUGGUUGGCUUUAGUUGAAGGACUAUGACGCGCGGGUGCAAAGGUUGCGGGCAUACCUGCAGUCCUCUCAGGAGGAGAGUCAGGAGCUGGAGGUAAGCAGUCAGAGAGCUCUUAUACCUAAACCCCCUUUAACCCGUUUCUCUGCCCUCUACAGUGUAUGACCAAUGUGGCAUUAUGUUUAAUAGACUGACAUUUACUAAUGUUUAGUUACUGGAAAUGUAUAUAGGUGCAAAGACAAAAAACAUUAGAAAAAGUAUUUAACCAUUAACAUACGGUCAAAGUAUAGUCCAUUUAACAAUUUGUUUCAUUGUCAUGGUCAGAUGUUUAUCACACAGUUAACAUUGAGCCCAUCUAUCUCUUUUUAUCCCAAGGAUAUGAAGAAACAGUUGGGACAUCAGACCUGCAGAAAUUGAGGCAUUUCAUCUACGACUCCAGGAGCGUGAUGAACGUAUACAGAAACUGAAAGCUGUUGUAAGUCCAUUACUGCUCAAUCAAACUCACUCUUUCGGUAUGAUGAUAAAGAGGUAUCUUAAUGGGGUUAAUAUUAUGGCUCCCGACAGGUGCGACCGAUGGAACCACUGAAAGAGCAUCACGGUGGGGAUGCCAGGAUCCCCUAUGCCACCAACACCCAAUCUACCAGUGAGUCAACCACACAGUUUGAUCAACUUAUAAAAAUAUUGCAAACUGUUUAUCAACCUACUAAGCUUACUUGUCAGGAUUGUUCGAGGGUAGAAGCAUGCAGGGUUAUCCACAACUAAUUGCUGCAUUGAUAUGUUGAUCAAAUAAUCACCUUUGUUACAGAUAUCAAGAUUGACGAAAAGAGUGAGAUCAAGGUCACUGAGAUGAGGGAUGCGGCCCUAGUAAGUUGAUGUAUAGUCAGUGUAAGCUAUAAGUUAUUGAAAUAAGUAGAUGAAAACCCAUGGAGCGGCGCACAAUUGGCCCAGCGUCGUCCAGGGUAGGGGAGGGAAUGGCUGGCAGGGAUGUAGCUCAGUUGGUAGAGCAUGGCGUUUGCAACGCCAGGGUUGUGGGUUCGAUUCCCACGGGGGGCCAUUAUGAAAAAAAAAAAAAAAGAAUGUAUGCACUCACUAACUGUAAGUCGCUCUGGAUAAGAGCGUCUGCUAAAUGACUAAAAUGUCAAUGUAAAGAAUAGUUGUUGAUUACAGAAAGGACCUGCUUUUCAGUUCCCCCCCCCCCCAAAUUGGGAAUACUAGAAUAUUUUACAAUGGAUCAGUUGUUUGCUGGCUCUUGCACUUAAAAAUGCAUAAUUUUCUACAGAUCAAAACCACACUGGAGGAGGUGAACAGGGGUCUUCAGGGUAGGCUAUGUUACAAAACACACAACAUACAGUACAAUUGGAAAGUAUUCAGACCCCUUAACCUUUUCCACAUUUUGUUACGUUACAGCCUUAUUCUAAAAUGGAUUAAAUAAAUACAAAUCCUCAUCAAUCUACACACAAUACCCCAUAAUGACGAAGAGAAAACAGGUUUUUAGAAAUGUUUGCAAAAAAAUUAAAUAAAUAAAUGGAAAUACCUUAUUUACAUAAGUAUUCAGACCCUUUGCUAUAAGACUUGAAAUUGAGCUCAGGUGCAUCCUGUUUCCAUUGAUCAUCCUUGAGAUGUUUCUACAACUUGAUUGGAAUCCACCUGUGGUAAAUUCAAUUGAUUGGACAUGAUUUGGAAAGGCACACACCUGUCUAUAUAAGGUCCCACAGUUGACAGUGCAUGUCAGAGCAAAAACCAAGCCAUGCAGCCAUGUCUGUAGGGCUCAAAGACAGGAUUGUGUGGGGAAGGGUACCAAAAAAUUUCUGCAGCAUUUAAGGUCCCCAAGAACACAGUGGCCUCCAUCAUUCUUAAAUGGAAGAACCCAAGACUCUUCCUAGAGCAAUCGGGAGAAGGGCCUUGGUCAGGGAGGUGACCAAGAACCCGAUGGUCACUCUGACUGAGCUCCAGAGUUCCUAUGUGGAGAUGGGAGAACCUUCCUGAAGGACUAUCAUCUCUGCAGAACUCCACCAAUCAGGCCUUUAUGGUAGAAUGGCCAGACGGAAGCCACUCCUCAUUAAAAGGCACAUGACAGCCGCUUGGAGAUUGCCAAAAGGCACCUAAAGGACUCUGACCAUGAGAAACAAGAUUAUCUGGUCUGAUGAAACCAAGAUUGAACUCUUUGGCCUGAAUGCCAAGCGUCACGUCUGGAGGAAACCAGGCACCAUCCCUACGGUGAAGCAUGGUGGUGGCAGCAUGAUGCUGUGGAGAUGUUUUUCAGCGGCAGGGACUGGGAGACUAGUCAGGAUAGAGGGAAAGAUGAACGGAGCAAAGUACAGAGAGAUCCUUGAUGAAAACCUACUCCAAAGCGCUCAGGACCUCAGACUGGGGCGAAGGGUCACCUUGCCAACAGGACAACAACCCUAAGCACACAGCCAAGACAAUGCAGGAAUGGCUUCAGGACAAGUCUCUGAAUGUCCUUGCCAGACGCAGCGACGCUCCCCAUCCAUCCUGACAGAGUUUGAGAGGAUCUGCAGAGAAGAAUGGGAGAAACUCCCCAAAUACAGGUGUGCCAAGCUUGUAGCGUCAUACCCAAGAAGACUCAAGGCUGUAAUCGCUGCCAAAGAUGCUUCAACAAAGCUUCAACAAAGUACUGAGUGAAGGGUCUGAAUACUUAUGUAAAUGUGAUAUUUCAGUUUUUUAUUUUUAUAUAUUUGCAAAAAACUCUAAAAACCUGUUUUUGCUUUGUCAUUAUGGGGUAUUGUGUGUAGAUUGAUGAGGGGAAAAAACAAUUUAAUCCAUUUUAGAAUAAGGCUGUAACGUAACAAAAUGUGGAAAAAGUUAAGGGGUCUGAAUACUUUCCGAAUGCACUCUAUGUCCCACCAGCCAGAAUCACUUUAUUCUGUAUUGAUAUUUUCUUUACUUUAUGAUGUCUGUUUACUUUGCAACAGACAAAAAUUGGCAGCUUGAAGAGAACAAUGCCUCUCUACAUCAAAAGCUCCAUAUCACUGAGAAGAAAUAUAGACAGAUGCUAAACAAGCUGUAAGUGGAUAUGAUAUUAGUUUGAUCAUAUUAGGAUUUGUUCUCAUUCACAUGACAUGUACAUUGGUUUUUGUGUUUUCACAGGACCAAAGCCCUGAUUCAAGGCAAACAUGCGGAAAAUCAACAUGUAAGUAAGCCUAAGUAAGACAGCCUGCCAAAUUCUGAUCCAUAACCGCUCAAUAGUAAGCUAAACUACCAAGUACUUCGACUAAACCAUAAGCCCCAGUAUCAACACUCGUAUUGGGUCAUAUUUAUGUGAUAGGAUGUCUUUGCACACGUUUCUAAUGCAAUUUCUGUUUUCUCCUCAGAUUGACACGCUACAAGACAAAAUCCAGACCAUAUCUGUAAGAAGAACAUUCACUUUAAAGUUAGCUAGUUGCACUAAGGUGUUAUUAUCUUUGUUUUGCUAGUUACUGUAAGGUGUCUUGCUGUACACUAACAUACAGUCAGGUCCAUAAAUAUUUGGACAUUGACCAAGUUGUUAUUAUUUUAGCUGUCUACCACAGCAUAUUGGAGUUGAAAUUCAAUAUUGAAUAUGAGCUGAAAGUGCAGACUUUCAGCCUUUAAUUUGAGGGUAUUUACAUCCAAAUCGGGUGAACUGUGUAGGAAUUACAGCACUUUUUAUAUGUGGUCCCCCCCCCUUUUUAAGGGACCAAAAGUAAUUGGACAAUUGGGUGCUCAGCUGUUCCAUGGCCAGGUGUGUGUUAUUCCCUCAUUAGUUCAUUUACAAGGAAGCAGAUAAAAGGUCUAGAGUUGAUUUUAAGUGUGGCAUUUGCAUUUGGAAUCUGUUGCUGUUAACCCUUGAUAUGAAGUCCAAAGAGCUGUCACUUCCAGUGAAGCAAGCCAUCAUUAGGCUGAUAACAAAAACAUUAGGUGGCCAAAUCAACUAUUUGGUACAUUCUUAAAAAGAAAGAACGCACUGGUGAGCUCAGGAACACCAAAAGGCCCGGAAGACCACAGAAAACAGCUGUGGUGGAUGACAGAAUCAUUAUUUCCCUGGUGAAGAAAAACCCCUUCACAACAGUUGGCCAGAUCAAGAACACCCUCCAGGAGGUAGGUGUAUCUGUGUCAAAGUCAACAAUCAAGAGAAGACUUCACCAGAGUAAAUACAGAGGGUUUACUACAAGAUAUAAACCAUUGGUAAGCCUCAAAAACAGGAAGACCAGAUUAGAGUUUGCUAAAAAAUUUAUAAAAAAGCCUUUACAGUUCUGGAACAACAUCCUAUGGACAGAUGAGACAAAGAUCAACUUGAACCAGAAUGAUGGGAAGAGAAGAGUAUGGAGAAGGGAAGGAACUGCUCAUGAUCCGAAGCAUACCACCUCAUCUGUGAAGUAUGAUGGAGGGAGUGUUAUUGCGUGGGCAUGUAUGGCUGCCAAUGGAACUGGUUCCCUUGUAUUUAUUGAUGAUUUGACUGCUGACAAAAGCAGCAGGAUGAAUUCUAAAGUGUUUAGGGCUAUAUUGUCUGCUCAGAUUCAGCUAAAUGCUUCAAAACUCAUUGGACGGCGCUUCACAGUGCAGAUGGACAAUGACCCGAAGCAUAUUGCGAAAGCAACCCAAUACUUUUUUAAGGCAAAGAAGUGGAAUGUUCUGCAAUGGCCAAGUCAAUCACCUGACCUGAAUCGAGUUGAGCAUGCAUUUCACUUGCUGAAAGCAAAACUGAAGGCAAAACGCCCCAAGAACAAGCAGGAACUGAAGACAGCUGCAGUAAAGGCCUGGCAUAGCAUCACCAGGGAAGAAACCCAGCAUCUGGUGAUGUCUAUGGGUUCCAGACUUCAGGCAGUCAUUGACUGCAAAGGAUUUGCAGUCAUUGACUGCAAAGGAUUUGCAACCAAGUAUUAAAACUCACAAUUUAAUUUAUAAUUAUGUUAGUUUGUCCAAUUACUUUUGAGCCCCUAAAAUUGGGGGGCUAUGUAUAAAAAUGGUUGUAAUUCCUACACGGUUCAUACAAUAAUUUUGACAAAACCCUUAAAUGAAAGAUGAAAGUCUACACUUGAUUGCACAUCUUGAUUGUUUCCUUUCAAAUCCAUUGUGGUGGCGUACAGAGCCCAAAUGAUGCAAAUUGUGUCACUGUCCAAAUACUUAUGGACCUGACAUCUCUUGUCUUUAGAUUAAAGCCUCUGCUGCCGAGCAUGCUCUGGCCAUGGAGAAGAAUGAGGUAGCGCUACUCCGCCAGGGGUGAGUCCAACAGUCUGAAUAAUUAUCCAACCAAUAUGAUUUUAGCUAGCUUGAUAAACUAGCUGACGUUGCUAAUAAUUACGUUAGCUAGCUUGCUUAACAUUGACAAUAUGGCCAAACUAGCUACAUUAUCAAAUGGCAAAUGUAGCCUAAUUAUUCAUAUUGAUAAGGUUGUAGAUGUCAAAAAACUGGAUUUGUCAUCUUUUGGUUUAAAAAGGUCAGUGGUGAAACGUCACAACUCGGCAACAAACUUUUCUCAGUUUCCCAUUCUAAUUCCGACUUGGAGGUUCGUUCAAGUGAAACUUCCUAGUCGGAACUCAGAAUUUCCGAUAACUCCUAUAGCACGUGAACGUGACAUUAGUCAAGAUCUACUCUUUUCUGGACAUUUUGGGCAGUCCUCUCUAAGUACUGUGAUUUUCUUUCUAGGAUUGUUCAACUAACCUCAGAGAAGCUGAAAAUAGAUGAAUCUGUGUUCCUGACCAAGACCACCCCCAAGCCCCUUAAAACAACCAAGACCAACAAGCCCUCCUUGAAAACCUGCAAAGUUCUGAAAGCCUUCAAAGCACUAAUUAUCUUCAAUAAAAUGAAGAAA